CCUUUCGACUUUCGUGCGCAACUCUGCUUCCGAGGUCAACGACUCGAUGUUGAUAAAAGAAAAUUCAUUUGGAUUCGUGCAAUUUGCAACUUAAUAGAGUCAAAUUUGUGUUAUAAAUCUGCGAAGCAACGUUAUUUUAAAACCUGUGGGUCUCCUUAAUCGGCCCUGUCAGAGGAUUUUGUUGAUUGGUCUGUACGUGUAAUGGCUGUUGGAAAAGGUUUUCUUGCCCAGUAUUCCGUAUUUUGUGUAUUUGGUUCGGUUGUUGGUUGUGUUGUUGUUCCCUUGAUUACUCAGUCGAUCGAAAGUGUGAUUUUUUCUGCCAUCCUCAUCAGUCUAACUGCCACUCAUUGGAGCAGGCGAGCUGUAAACAAUGAUACAUCCAGCAAGCUUCACAACCAGCCAUAUCUUAAAGAUUUGUCAUUGCGGAAGGCAAAAGAAGGUAGCUCAAAUAGGAAAAAGUCACCGAAAAAAGCUGUAAAUCAGGGAGAAGUGCGAACCUAUGACUAUCGCCAAAGAAAAGAAGAAAAGUUUAAGCGAAUUGAAGAAGCUAGAAAGUUGGAGCAAAGAAAACAAGAAGAAAAACGAGAAAGAAAGGCGAAGAGAAAAGAGGACAAACUAAAACAGAGGGAAGAAGAGAAAAAGAUACUGGAGGAGGAAACACGUCGGCGUAAGAUUAAAGAAGACAAGAAUGAGAAGACGAAGUUUAAGAAAACGCACGUUCCUCAGAAAGGCUGGACAAUCGCAACCAAUUCAAGAGUAUCAAACACCCGUAAAUGUAAUCCUGUUUUAGUCAACGAUUCUGUAGUUACUCCAUUGAAUAUUAUAACCGCGGGAGACGCUUUAUACCGUGAGAAAGCGUCAGUAAGCCCAGAUUCAUGUGAAAGUAAAGCACCUAGUCCUCCACCUUCAGUAUGGAAAGUACCUGAAUACGUACCCCCAAGAUGGAAUCCUGAGAAACAAAAUGAUCAUAAAAUAUCAAGACCAACCACGCCCUUCAAUCAAUUAUAUAAUCCUGUCAUGUUAACUCCAAGUAAAUUAAAGAAUGAAUUUAUGAAUCAACAUAUAAACAAAAGUUCCUUAAAAGAUUCCGAUCCUAAUCUCCUAAUUGAUACCCCUGUAAAGUUCUCAGGAAAAAUGGAUAAUCGUGAUCAAGCUGCUGCAUCAAGUCCAUAUUCAAAUAUUUCUGGUUUGCCAAGUUUUUUUAAAUCUCCUACGGAAGGAAAUGGUCGAGAUUCUCCUCAGAAAACCUACUCUUUGUUUGGACCAGAGGAACCGAAUCGUGUUCUUUUUCAGCCUAUUUUUCAAAACAAUAUUCAUGUUUCAUAAUGAUGAAAAUGAAUAUUACAGUAUCUAUCUUUACUUAUGAAUGAAGUAGCUAUAUGAGCAAUAAAUUUCUUAAUGAACAUCAAUUUAAUUGAAUGUUUUUAUUUUCAGUGAGUAAAUAAACAAAGAAAAACA